GGAGAAAGACUUGCGUUUUCGAAUUUCUUGAUAGCUUUUUAUCGCAGUCCAGUCCACAUUAAUAAAGCCACGUACAGGGCACAACGUCUUUGUGCUUGAUUUUGGUUUUCUGCUGAUAUUGAUGGUCUUUCUUCUUCAUCUGUGAUUCUUUUUCUCCAACUAUAGUGGAGAGAGUUUAGGGUUUUCUCUAUUUUCUGUGUUUUAUUCACACGUCUCCUUCCUUUCAGCGCUAUAAGAAUCCCCUCUACUUCGGACAUCAUUACUAAAAUAUUCAAUUCUGUUUUUCCAUAUUUGAGUUCUUGAACCAUUGAUGCUAUUGGUUAAUAUUUUAAAUAAAGAAAAUGGCUCUGAAACCGAGUUCAGCUGACGCUAGAACUAGGAGUUGGAUUCAAAUAUUCAUUGUGUUCGGAUUGUGUUGUUUCUUCUGCAUAUUGGGAGCUUGGCAAAGAAGUGGUUUCGGUAAAGGAGAUAGUAUAGCUCUAGAAAUGACCAAACAUAGUGCAGAUUGCAACAUCGUCUGGAACUUGAACUUCGAAACCCACCAUUUCGGUGAAGUCGGUAAUGUUGAUGAAUCCGAAAAGCCCAAAUCUUUCGAACCCUGUCACCCUCCUAGAAUUUCUAGUGGAACUGUUCCUGGAGUUUCUGUUGAGGCAUACCAAGAGGACAAGUAGAAGUGGACGAAGCAUGUUGAUGCUUAUAGGAAAAUCAAUAGGCUUAUAGAUUCUGGGCGGUAUCGUAAUAUUUUGGACUGCUGCCCUUGAUUCUUCCAAAUUGUGGGUUAUGAAUGUCAUGCCCACCAUAGCAGAGAAAGAUACCCUCGGUGUCAUAUACGAGUGUGGAUUAAUUGGCAUCUACCAUGACUGGUGUGAGGCUUUCUCGACAUACCCGAGGACAUAUGAUCUCAUUCAUGCCAAUGGUCUUUUCAGGUUGUACCAGGACAAAUGCAACCUGGAGGACAUUCUAUUGAAGAUGGACCGAAUUAUGCAGCCAGAAGGUGUGGUUAUAUUCCUGGACAAGGUAGAUGUUCUUAUUGAAGUGAAGAAGAUAACAGCAGGAAUGAGGUGGGACACCCAGAUGGUUGAUCAUGAAGAUGGCCCUUUGGUUCCUGAGAUGAUAUUGGUUGCUGUUAAGCAAUAUUGAGUUGUAGGUGGAAACUCAACAGCUGCACAGUCGGCCGAAUACAGCAGAUUUUGAAACCUGUGCUCUCUGUUACACAUGAAUCUGAUUAAUUUCCUGCCUGAAAAUUUUUGCUGCACGGUUUUAGGGAGGCAAUUUCGGUAACAAACUAUGGAUCGAUAUCGAUCACUGUGGGUUCAUUUGUAUUAAAUUAUGAAUAGACAGCUUUAAAAGCGUAUAUGCAUCCAAAGUUCCAUCAUAUUUUUCGUUUUGGUCAUAUUUACAAAAUGUUAGCUCGAGAAGUUAAUGCACGAUUCCUUGUCUGUCAA